AUGCCAGUCCUGAAUGACUGGUGUGAGCAAACGCUCAUUGACGUGCCCGAAUGCCGUGAAUGUGAUGACCACUGCGUGAUUCUGCGGGUGAACCUGGCAAGCCAGGGAAUCCUUACAACUCACAAACGCGAAUGGACCAUCGCAUAUUUGGCAAACGCUUUGAGCAAGUACAAGAAAAAUGGCGUUGCAAUUCUCAUCCACGGCAAUAGAGCUGGGCAAGCUGUGCCUGGGAGGGGGUCUGGAGAGAUGUGGAGAAAGACACCCAAAGAUGAGGAGGAUGAAAAAUGUGGGGUGGACGGGAUGGAAAAGAAGGAAGAACCAAGUGAUGGCAGCGACGACAGCAACAAUGAGGAGAAGUUAUCAAUGGAAGAUGUGGAGGCGCUGGCUGCAAAGGAAUUGGGCCUACACUGCAGACCUUUGACACUGGUCUUCGAUCAAGUGACUCAGCCGGAAUGGCCCAUCUUCGCGGCGGAGCUUACCCCACCUGGGCAGAGCUCUGACCGACGCGCAGGAAAUGAGACAGGCUUCCCGGAUUUUGGUCCCAUCGUGUCAGCGCUCCGGAACCGAACAACAGAUGUGGUGGAGAAGAAUAACUACAAAGUUUGCAAACUGGUUGAUUCCCAAAAGCUCGCAGUCUUACAAGUGUAUGCCCAGCGAUGGCUCGAUGAAGAUAUGACAAAGGAACAAGCAACGCAAAUCAUCACCGAGCACAACGCCAAGUUCAACCAGGACGGUGACUUCCUUCAAGGACCGAAGGUUCAGGAGGAGCCUGCAGCCAAGCGGAUCAAGAUUGAGGAAUCGGAGACUUGCGCUGAAGCUGAAAUCACGAAACUGGUUGGGCCGAAGCUCUUGAUUGAUCUCGAAGACAGCGGAGAGGCUGUGUGCUUCUUUGUGUUCUCAGUGAUUUGCCGGCGCAUUGCAGAUUAUGUCAUUGUGAAUUUGAAAGUCAGCCACCAUUCCUACAAUGGCACCAGCGAAGAAAAGGUCCUAUUGCCUGAGAAGCCCCUAUGUUUCCUUCUUGAUGAGCGGAAGGAAAACCAGGAUGACAAGAAUGAGAACAAGAAAAAGAAGAAAAAUAAAGCAAAAAAGAAAGACCAGCCAGCUGCGCCUACGUUCAAGAACUUCGGUGCUUUGCUGAAUGUCCCAAAGUUGAAGGGGGCUUCAAAAGUGGUGAUUGGCUGGCGGCUGAGGCCCGAUCACUCAAACAAAAAAUCCACAAUGUCCUUUCUAUCAAGGCCUUUGUGUUUGUUUUACCCGAAACACAUGUCAGGUUGGAGUGUUCCGAUGGCUCCAAGACUUUGA